UUUUUCCCCUAAAAUCCUCCUCUCAAAUCAAAAUCUCUCUCUACAUAUAUCUAUCUGCUGCUGCUCUUAUACAUUGUUCUCAGUCACAUUACUGAGAAACAACCGUUACAUUAAUAGAGAGAAAAAAGCAAUGGAAGUUAUUAUGUCAAGGGCCUUUUUCUGCUUCUUGGCUGUGCUCGCCAUUUUUUUGGCUAUAAUCUCGCCAUCCGUUGACGCCCAAUCCACGGCUCCUGCACCUGGCCCUACCAGUGACGGGACUUCUGUCGAUCAAGGAAUUGCGUACGUCCUGAUGCUGGUGGCUCUGGUGCUUACAUACCUCAUCCACCCUCUAGACGCAUCUUCUUACAACUUCUUUUAAAUUUCUGCUUGGAAGCUUGAUGGGUUAGAUCAAUGGUGGACAAUGUGGAUAAUUUAGAUUUUCUGUGAUUGGCGGAUUGUUUGUGUAGUUGAAUGCUGUUGUUUUUGGUGAUUGGGAUUCUUUUCUUUUGCAUUCCAGUUCUGCUCUGGCUAUUUUUCUGUUCCACCUGUAUUUAUUAGUAAUUAUUCGUAUAUUUAUUGGAAUCAUUGAAUUUUUUUUUUU